AUGUGUGUAAACGGCUCCUAUCCCUAUCCCAGUCUGCAACUGAUGAGGGUACCAUCCAACAACUGCAAUCGUAUUACUGCCCGUCAGCAAGCUGAAGAUAUCAAGAUUAGUGUUGGAUCUGUGGACAAGAUCCUUCAUGACCAUCUGCAUAUACCAAUUACGCAGGAUGAAACUUGGGUCGACCAUUACGAUCCAGUAACUAAGGCCCAGUCAAAACAAUGGAAACACUUCAACUCACCACUCCCCAAAAAGAAACGUGUCACAUCCUCGGCAGGCAGGGUCAUGCUCACGGUCUUUUGGGAUCAGCAUGGAGUAGUGAUGAUGGGUUUCCUGGCAAAAGAUUCUACAAUUCCAAGAGCUUACUAUGCUUCACUGCUACAGAAACGGAAAGCUUUCAAAACCAAGAGAUGCGAAAUCUUGACCAAAGGUGUCUGCAUCCUACAAGACAACGGCCCCUUGUUCGCAACGUUAAUGGAAGUCUGGUCCUGUGCCUACGACAUCCUUCCUCAUCCUCCUUAUUCUCCUGACCUUGCCUCAUAA